GUGGCGGGGCCGCUGGGCGGGCGGCGGGCGAGGUUCCGGGAGCUGGCUCGCUCGCCGAGAGAAGUGAUUGCGCCUUUUCACACUGGAUCUGGAGCAACCGGAAGUGCUUGUUUAAUGAAUGACCUGCCCUUCUAGGACCCGAGGGAUAGCCCGGUGAACUGGUGACCAUUCCCUGGAUCUGGGCCUCUGUGGAUUUCAGGAUGCUGCGACGGAAACCAACCCGCCUGGAGCUGAAGCUUGAUGACAUUGAGGAAUUUGAGAGCAUUCGAAAGGACCUGGAGACCCGUAAGAAGCAGAAAGAAGAUGUGGAAGUUGUUGGAGGCAGUGAUGGAGAAGGAGCCAUUGGACUCAGCAGCGACCCCAAGAGCCGGGAACAAAUGAUAAACGACCGCAUUGGCUAUAAACCCCAGCCCAAGCCCAACAAUCGCUCAUCUCAGUUUGGGAGUUUCGAAUUUUAGUGGUGGUUUAUGUUGCAGGCCAGAGCCCGUGCACGGAGCGGACGGACAGCGCAAGCUCAGACAAGUUUAGAGAAUGGAGUGUUUGUGGUCACGCAGACUGGUCCACUUCUGGGAGAGAAAGAGAGAUUCUUCCGGUGAGAUGACUGACACCUAACCUCUAUAAGCUGAAAUGCAGACAGAAAUUUGACUCUCGAAAAUGUCUGAUUUUUGUUUUUAAAAAUAAAUUUAUU